CAAUCACCUCAUUCACUCCAACAAUGUUGUACCACUGGUACCUACUCGUACCAAUUUUAACCAUCGAAGCCGGCCACAUGGCCUACAACACCUCUGACGUCAUCACCACGUACACGGGCCACUCGGACGUACAAGCACCGGUGGAGUUCAGGAAAGGGAACGAGAAGGGGAGGAAGAGUGGGGGGGAGAGGAAGGGGGAUAAACUGAAGAGCGAGAGAGAAGAAGAGAAAGAAGCGAAUGAUUCGGAUUAUUUGGAGCAGACGACCGCCGCCACCGAAGCUGGCAACGACGUAGUCUUCAUACCAUCAGGCAACAGCGAUGCCCAAAGUUUCAGAAGGGCCGAGGGGGCGAGAAGAGACGAGUAUUCUGUGAAGGACAUGAUGGAACGCGUCGCGGUUGGAGACGUCAUUAAUGAGCGGUAUAAGACGGAGACGGAACCACCCGAAGGCGGCGUAGUCUUCAAACCGGGAAAGAACGACGAAAGAACAGAAGAAAAGAUAAAACACGAGAUGGACGACGAGAGGAUAGAACAGGCCGUCAAAGAGUACAAGGAAGUCUACGAGAAUCCCAUGGACUGCGAGAAUUUAGACUGCGAGAAUGUGCUGGAGGCCGUCUGUGGAGUGAAGCUGGAGAAUAAGAGGCCGAAGUAUAGGCUUUUUAAGAAUGAGUGCUUUUUUAGGAAGGUUAAUUGUGGGCUUCGGUAUGACUAUAAUAGGUACAGAACAGUGUCAAUAGAUCAAUGCGACGGAGUAGGCAGCCACCUGCCUCCUCAGGAGCACGCUGGCUGGCUGCAGUACCAGCCCAGACCCUUGCCAAGAAGUCAGCCAAGUGGAGGUGGUGGUGGUCAGAGCAGCGGGCGAAGAAGCGCUUCUAGACGAGCCAUGACAGCAAACACCAACGGUCUCCCCUGCGACCACUUCUGCCCUGUCCGCUGUCCGGAGGUGUACGCGCCUGUCUGCGCGUACACGUAUCCGCAGCGAGCACGCGUGUUCCAAAACCACUGUCUGCUAGACCUACAGUCGUGUAAUGAUGGUUCAGUUUGGCAAGAACGUGCGCUAUCAGAGUGCGCGGGCGACGUGCGCGCGGAGGUGCACGAGAGAGCGGCCUUCAUCGGCUGGAUGCAGCGCAUGGGCAUCCUCGAUAAAAAGGGACAUCUUGUCAUGUGACCACUUUCUCUCUCUCUCUCUCGAUCUCUCUCUCUGUCUUUGUCUCUGGACCGAGCUAUUUCCGAGUGCGCGGGUGACUAGCGCGCCGAGGUGAAGCAUCCAUUGGAUGGAUGCAGCGGAUGGGCAUCCUCGAUAAAAAGGGACAUCUUGUCAUGUGACCACUUUCUCUCUCUCUCUCUCUCUCUCUCGCUCGCUCUCUCUGUCUUUGUCUCUGGACUGAGUUAUUUCCGAGUGCGCGGGUGACUAGCGCGCCGAGGUGAAGCAUCCAUUGGAUGGAUGCAGCGGAUGGGCAUCCUCGAUAAAAAGGGACAUCUUGUCAUGUGACCACUUUCUCUCUCUCUCUCUCUCCCUCUCGCUCGCUCUCUCUGUCUUUGUCUCUGGACCGAGUUAUUUCCGAGUGCGCGGGUGACUAGCGCGCCGAGGUGAAGCAUCCAUUGGAUGGAUGCAGCGGAUGGGCAUCCUCGAUAAAAAGGGACAUCUUGUCAUGUGACCACUUUCUCUCUCUCUCUCUCUCCCUCUCGCUCGCUCUCUCUGUCUUUGUCUCUGGACCGAGUUAUUUCCGAGUGCGCGGGUGACUAGCGCGCCGAGGUGAAGCAUCCAUUGGAUGGAUGCAGCGGAUGGGCAUCCUCGAUAAGAAGGGACAUCUUGUCCAGUGAUACGUUCUAGGCCACGUCUUCAAUCAAUGCCAUAGAGCUUUAAAAUAAAUUAUAUAAUAAUAAUAGGGUAAUUCGCCAGCGACUGGCCACUUUCAGUAACUGGUCGCCCUAAACUAAAAAUGAAUUCUAUUCACCUUUAAACAGAAUUAAUUUUAGUACAUAUAAGGUUUCAAUAACUGGCCACCUUAUACUAAAAUGAAUUCUAUUUAUAGGUGAAUAGAAUUCAUUUUUGGUUUGGGGUGGCCAAUUAUUGGAGAAUUACCUAAUGUGUUUAGGUAUAUGUAUCUUUUAUUAUUAUUUUGUGUUUUUAAAUUUGACUUUUAUUAUUCAUAAUAAAAUGCUCACCUACGACCCAAGAUAAAUAAAAAAAAUCAUAAUAAUUCAGCCUAUAUACGUCCCACUGCUGAGCACAGGCCUCCUCUCACACGCGAGAGGGCUUGGGCUAUAGUCCCCACGCUAGCCCAAUACGGAUUGGGGACUUCACAUGCACCUUUGAAUUUCUUCGCAGAUGUAUGCAGGUUUCCUCACGAUGUUUUUCUUCACCUAAAAGCUAGUGGUAAAUACGAGUAUCAAAUGAUAUUUCGCACAUUAAGAUCCGAAAAACUCAUUGGUACGAGCCAGGAUUUGAACCCGUGACCUCCGGAUUGAAAGUCGGACGACAUAUCCACUCGGCCACCACCGCUUUGAA